AUGGACUCUUUCUGGGUCGCCGAGUCCGCCGGUCCGUCCGGGAGGCGAAAAGGAAAACGGUUGGAUCAAGCGCGUCAAAAACGACACGAGACGCAGGGUACGAGGUCCCACGGCUGGCGGAAGCGGAAAGGCGGGAAGAUUCGCGAUGGGGACUUCCAAAGAAUGCAACAGGUGGUUAUUUGGGUCGACUGGGUCCCUGGAUACGAUGCGGCUACGCGCGACUCUGGUACGUAUUAA